CAAGCUUUUAUUACAGCUGCUUUCAUUGGAGAAUAAAUCAUUAUUCAGUUAAUAAUCAAAAAUAACGAGUGCAAUACCGAAACAUCAUGUACCGAUAUUAUUAUUUUGGAUCGGUAUUAUAUCAAGUAACGCAUUCGCAAGUCUGGUCUGCCGCGUCUGCGCUAAAGGGUAGGGUUCGAAUAAAGCAAAACUUGUGGGGCAGCUUGACCCCCGGUCAUCCAUCGGGAUAGAGACAGUCUAACUGGUACCGUUCCUCGUGAAACUAUGCUCUUUACGCAACAAUUGACAUCGUUACCAUGCCUUGCCAAAUAUAAAAAGGGCCGGGCGCCGAGCAAAGCCAUGGAACGUUAUGAACGUCUGGCACGUCUCGGCGAGGGUAGCUACGGAGUUGUCUUCCAGUGUAGGGAUCGGCAAACUGGAAAACUGGUGGCUGUCAAGAAGUUUCAGCAGACCGAAGAUGAUCCUCUAAUACGUAAGAUCGCGCUCCGGGAAAUACGUCUGUUAAAGAAUCUCAAGCACCCGAACCUGGUGAACUUACUAGAAGUCUUCAGACGGAAGAGGAAGUUACAUCUAGUAUUCGAAUAUUGCGAGAACACACUUUUGCACGAGAUGGAGAAGUACCCUAGCGGCUGCCCGGAUCUCACGACCAGGCAGAUCACCUGGCAAAUUUUGCAGGGUGUCGCUUAUUGCCAUCGCCUCGGAUGCGUUCACAGAGACGUGAAGCCGGAAAACAUCCUCAUCACCUCCGAAGGCGUGGUCAAAUUAUGCGAUUUUGGGUUCGCGCGAAUGCUCAGUCCUGGUGAAAACUAUACGGAGUAUGUCGCGACCAGGUGGUACAGAGCACCUGAAUUAUUGGUCGGAGACACACAAUACGGGACUCCGGUCGACGUCUGGGCGAUCGGUUGCGUGUUUGCGGAAUUAAUACGGGGCGAAGCAUUAUGGCCGGGCAAAUCCGAUGUAGAUCAGUUGUAUUUAAUAAGAAGAACGCUGGGCGAUCUCUUACCACGACACAUGGCUAUCUUUCAGCAGAACGAAUUCUUUACCGGCAUUACUCUUCCAACACCGCAAACACUUACUCCUCUCGAAGACGCUCUACCCCGUGGAAAUAAUAGUCCUGUACAGUUGGAUUUCCUGAGAAAAUGUUUGGAUAAAGAUCCAAAUGAAAGGUGGACAUGUGAACAAUUGUUGCGACACUCUUACUUUGACAAUUUUCAUUUUAAAAUGCCGGACGUCGAGACGGAAGAGUUUGAAAAACUUAAAAAAUACCGAGAACGUUCUCGGAAUACUAAUUACAGUCAAAUGAUAUUACCGCAGUUACCUAAGGCUGGCCCUUCUGUUCAUAGCCACAGUGAAAAUCGACCGAAGAGCUCUUCUAUACAUCAACAAAAUUUCGACCACCUACCUACUAUAAGAGGCUAAAUCUAAUCUCCUCUGUGAUUGUACAUAUAUUUUCCUAAGCUUUUUAAGAAUGUUCACAUUAAUUUAUAGAAUUCUAUCAAAAUGAUUGUUAUCCUUUUAUUUAUAUUUGCACAUUUUACUCAGAGUUUAAGAACUUUUUCCUUUAGAUUUUGAUUUUCUGUUAAUAUAUAGAAGUAAACGCGUGCAAUUUAUGUAUAUCUCUUACAAUAAAAGUUUGAUAUAAAAUAAGAAAUUUAUUUUUGGUAUAUUGUUAGUAAGAUAGAAGCAACUUCAAAGUUGCCGCUUCAACUAUAGAAUGUUUUACCUUAAUCAAAACACCUCGAUUUUAAAAGAAACAACAGCAUAAAAAAGACAAAUAGAUCUACUAUUCAACAAUUUAAAAAGAUGAAUAAAUGACAUUAUUAAUAACAAGAGGAUUAAUAUGCAUAUAUUCUUACGUAGUAUACUUCUUAUAUAAUUUCAUUAAAGGAUGCUCAUGUCUUUCAUCCACUGGCACAUAACUUUGUUGCAAUUUAAACCAACCUAUGUGAAGUCCUACGAUUAGUGGUAACAUGACGUAGUAGGUGACGCUCUUUUGUAUAAAUGACUUUUUUACAUUAGGCGAUUGCAUUUUUUAUCAUGCAAUAGUUGUUCACCUUCACAUUUACUUUCGCUCUA